AUGAUCGUGGGGGUGAGCGCAACAGGUGGUAUCUUUGAGACUCGUGAGAGUGAGUUGGUGAGUGUAGAGGAGUUGGCCUUUAAGUUUGCAGUGAGCAACAUCAACAGGAACCGGACCUUAAUGCCCAACACCACUCUGACCUACGACAUCCAGAGGAUCAACCUCUUCGACAGCUUCGAGGGCUCCAGGAGAGUGUGUGACCAGUUGGCUCUGGGUGUAUCUGCAGUGUUUGGUCCGUCCCACAGCUCCUCAGUCAGUGCUGUCCAGUCCAUCUGUAACGCCCUGGAGGUCCCCCACAUCCAGACGCGCUGGAAACACCCGUCAGUGGACAACAGAGACACAUUUUACAUCAAUCUCUACCCAGAAUACACUGCAAUCUCCAGAGCCAUACUGGACAUAGUGACCUUCUUCAAGUGGAAGAGCCUAACAGUGGUCUACGAGGAUAGCACAGGUCUGAUGCGAAUGCAGGAGUUGAUCAAGGCUCCGUCUAAGUUGAACCUGAAGAUCAGGAUCCGGCAGCUUCCACCUGGAGAGAUUGACGCCAGACCUCUUCUGAAGGAGAUGAAGAAAGACAAAGAGUUCUACAUCUUGUUUGACUGCUCCUACCGGACCUCCGCAGAGAUACUCAAACAGCUCUCGUCGAUGGGAAUGAUGACAGAGUACCAUCAUUUCUUCUUCACUACAUUGGAUCUGUUUGCGUUAGACCUGGAGCCAUACCGCUACAGUGGGGUGAAUAUGACAGGUUUCAGGCUGUUGAAUAUAGACGACCCGUAUGUAGCUUCCACCAUGGAGAAGUGGUCUCUGGAGAGGCUUCAGGCUCCACCUAAACAUGAGAGUGGAUUAAUGGAUGGAGUUAUGACGACGGAGGCGGCGUUGAUGUAUGACGCGGUUUUCAUGGUUGCCGUGGCGUCACAGCGAGCCACUCAGAUGACGGUCAGCUCCCUGCAGUGUCACCGGCACAAACCCUGGCGCUUUGGACCGCGCUUCAUGAACCUUUUCAAAGAGGAUUCCAAGAACACAGGAUGA